AAACUGCGAGGUGGAUCCUGAGCUGACGUGUUAUUUUCACUGACACUCUCACUAUUACUUUGGACAAUGCUGCGAGUAAGAUGUCUGAGAGGAGGUAGCAGGGGGGCCGAGGCUGCCCAUCUGAUCGGAGCCAUGCUUGGCCGGACGGUGACUGGAUGGGUGCAGAGGACCUUCCAGAGCACUUCGAGUGCAGCUGCUGCACAAUCACAGCGUGCAGUUGAAGAGGAACAUGUUACUGAGCCUGUGCAGCAGGAGUGCCCUGUCUGCGCCUACAAUGAAUGGGACCCUCUUGAGGAGGUGAUCGUGGGUCGUGCUGAAAAUGCCCAUGUGCCUCCCUUCACUGUGGAAGUGAAAGCAAACACAUACGAGAAGUAUUGGCCCUUCUACCAGAAGUAUGGGGGCCAGCCUUUUCCUGCGGACCACUUGAAAACAGCUGUUGCCGAGAUUGAAGAAAUGUGCAAUAUUCUGCGCCAUGAGGGCGUAAAUGUGAUGAGACCUGAACCCAUCGACUGGUCUAUGGUGUACAAAACUCCAGACUUCGCAUCAUCAGGAAUGUAUGCCGCCAUGCCCAGAGACAUCCUCAUGGUUGUGGGAAAUGAGAUUAUCGAGGCCCCCAUGGCCUGGAGGGCUCGCUUCUUUGAGUAUCGAGCCUACAGACCCAUGAUCAAGGAGUAUUUCAGAAAAGGUGCUAAAUGGACCACUGCUCCCAAACCCACCAUGUCAGAUGAGCUUUAUGAUCAGGACUACCCCAUCCGCACUGUGGAGGACAGACACAAGCUGGCUGCCGAGGGAAAGUUUGUGACCACAGAGCAUGAGCCCUGCUUUGAUGCUGCAGAUUUCAUCCGAGCUGGCAGGGAUCUUUUUGUCCAGAGGAGUCAGGUUACAAACUAUAUGGGGAUUGAGUGGAUGCGUCGUCAUCUGGCCCCAGAGUAUAAGAUCCACAUAAUCUCAUUCAAGGACCCCAACCCCAUGCACAUCGACGCCACUUUUAACAUCAUUGGGCCAGGACUGGUGCUGUCAAACCCUGACCGCCCAUGUCGCCAGAUUGACAUGUUCAAGAAAGCUGGCUGGACUAUCGUGAAGCCUCCAACACCUCUGAUUCCUGAUGACCAUCCCCUGUGGAUGUCCUCCAAGUGGCUGUCCAUGAAUGUCCUGAUGUUGGAUGAAAAGCGUGUCAUGGUGGACGCCAAUGAGAGCACCAUCCACAAAAUGUUUGAGAGUCUCGGUAUUAAGACCAUAAAGGUGAACAUUCGCCAUGCCAACUCCCUGGGUGGUGGCUUCCACUGCUGGACAACAGAUGUCCGCCGCCGUGGAACACUGCAGUCCUACUUCCACUAGCCAUGCCAGAAAUAGGCAGUUUUUAUUGAGCUUUGAAGAUGAAAGCCUCAGACCCAAAUCUUAACAUAACUGUAGUUGUUGAAUCUGUAUUGUCAGUCCAUCGUGUGUGUAGACACAGGUUAAUGAAGGCUGGAGCUUUGUGAUGCAAAAAUUUUACUGUUGUUAAAUUUGGAAAACCCAUCUUAAAAAGUAUACACACAUGAUGUGUGUGUUUGGGUGUCAAACCUGUGUGACACAAUCUUAAAAAACACAGUAGUCACCCGUGUCUUUCUCUGGAUUGGGUAUUUCUAACCUAAAUGAACAUGUUUAAAUAGUUUUCAUUUGACAUGGCUGUGCAUCAGAGCGCCUUUGCAAACAGCUUUGUUCAAUUAUUUACGCUCGAGCAACAAAUGAACAUCACUUCAAUCAGUAAUCUCAAUAUUAACUGCAUUUCUGGCCUGGCUAUUGUGAAGCUGUUCAUGGCUUAGUCAUCUGAAAGUCAGAACGUUUGAGGACAAGGUACAAUUUGGUAUGUGAGAGUUGCCUAACAAAGGGCACACGGGGAGAUAAGCUACCUCCUCAUGAAAAGUCAGAAAUCACAGUUCUCUCUUUUUCCAAAGUAUUUUUUUUACUUAAAGAAAUGUAUGAAAGUUGUUAUGUAGGUCAUAAAAUAAGAUUAAUUUCUUAUUUCCUCUAGUAUUUUAUUUUGUAAAGAUUUUAAUUGAUUGAACAGACAAGGUUCUAUUUAUAUUUUCAUACUCUUUAUUGGAAUUCCCGACAAUUAGUGUUUUUAUAUAUUUACUUAAAAAGUAUGCGGUCCAUAUCAGAUUUUGUCUACCUUUUGCCUCUGCUGUUUUCUCCUUUUGCAAACUGGGCCAGUUAUAUGCUACUAUUCAUUCGCUCUGAACCGCUUGGCUGCUUUUUGAGUGCAAAGCAAAGAUGCUUAAAGAAUGAACUGUGUUUUGUUGUGAUGUUUUGUAUUAUGCAACAUUAUUAAAUGUAAUUCAAAACAG